AUGUUCAUGUAAGUCUUCUAUGCUCGUCCUAAUAAAAUCUUUCACCCAAAAGCAAAAACUUUGUUUCCAACGUUUUUUGGCUGCUUCUGAAGCACUUUUUGAGAAUUGUCCUCUUGAACGGUGAAUAAAAAGUUUGUGUCCGCGAUGUAUCGAGUGCCAUUCUUCCAAGGUCGAGGGUUCCGUCUUAAUGAUUAGCACAUUGCCAAUGCUUUUGCCGCCUUUCAUUAACUUUGGCGCCAGUUUUGGGACUUUUAAGAUUUCCAAUCAAAGACUAUUUUUUACUCAAUCGUACCGCGAUAAAACACGUGUAAAAAGCGUCUUUAUAAUAACUUUGCAGCUCAAUAAAAAUAUAAAAUUUAUAUUCAACUAGAAUAGCAUAACAUUUUUUUUUAAGUUAAUAUAAUUAUAACAUUUUUAAUUAAUUACUGCUAAAUUACAGAGUAAAAACGGACGAAGCACCGCUGACGAAGACGAGUCCGCCGCCCAAUUACUCCAGCAUGGGUGAGACGGUGAAAGAACAUGAAGAUAGUCCGCCGAGAGACAAGUGGAGCUCGUGGGCCGACUUCAUCAUGUCGUGUGUGGGGUAUGCCAUCGGACUUGGAAACGUAAGAAACUGUUAUCAAACAUGAACAACAAAACAUCAUUAAAAAACAAAAUCAGCAAAAUAAUUUGCUCUUACACAGGUUUUUAGCUACCUAUGUGUAUAUUUCACACCAUCUUAUAACAUCUUGCUCUGACAGAAAGAUAUUAAUAAAUACCACACCAAAACACAAAAUCAAACUUACAGGUAUGGCGAUUCCCAUACCUCUGUGGAAUGAACGGUGGAGGUGCUUUCUUGAUUCCCUACAUCAUUUCCCUUCUGCUGUGUGGAGCUCCCAUGUUCAUAUUGGAAACUACCUGGGGACAAUUGGUAUCAGUUGGUGGUCUGGGCAUGUUCAAGAUAUGCCCCAUCUUCAAAGGCGUGGGUAUUGCGGCCGCUGUGAUGGCUUUCUGGCUCAAUAUCUACUAUAUUGUUGUCCUCAGCUGGGCUUUGGCCUACUGGAUCUACUCAUUGAGGUUAGAUGACAACGUACCGUGGCGGAAUUGCAACAACGAGUAAGAUCUAUAACAUUAUUCAAGCUACCUUAGUAAAAAAAAACUUUAUUAAUAUUGUUCAUGACGUUAUCAUAUAGCAGCUAACUCUAACUAAUUAAAGGAUGUAACGUUACUUACCUUUAUAUCUUUGCAGAUGGAACACUGAGCACUGUAGAUCCGACUACGAUCCAGUAAAAUGUGAUUCCAAUCGCACGAUCCGAGAAUACUUCAACGUCAAAGUUCUGACUCACGACCACUUGCAAGAAUACAAGAAACAGUUUUUCGUCGGUCCGAAAAUCAACUACACCUUCUGUUCAGCUGACGAUCUUGCCGUCCAAUCUCCAGUCCGCGAGUUCUGGGAGUAAGUUCACAGAGUUCGUCAAAACUUAAGAUUAAUAUAAAAAAUAUCGUUUAAAUAGAAUAAUACAAUAACAAGUUGUGUUACAUGUGUAAAAUACCUUGAUGUCAGAUAUUCCGUGGUUUUACUGCAAAAUACUUUGAAAAGCAUAGUUAUUUUGUUUUGGUCUGCGUCCACAGUUUGAAGAAGCGCAUUCUGCGGUUAGAAGGGGACAUGUUAUACGAUGGCCACGCCAUUUCGCUUUAGAAAACUAUAAUAGGUUAUUAUAAUACAUUAUAGACGAUAGAAGGUAAUUUUUAUUAUCUUCUCAAUUUUUCAGCCAUCGUAUCUUGGGCAUCUCGAAAGGAAUUGAAGAUGUUGGAAGUCUUCGAACUGAUCUGGCUCUGUACCUCUUGAUCGUGUGGAUCAUCUGCUAUUUGUGCAUUUUCAAAGGUGUGAAAUGGACUGGAAAAGUGGUUUACUUUACUGCGUCUUUUCCUUAUGUUAUGUUGUUCUUUCUGUUAGUACGAGGACUGACAUUGCCUGGGGCUUCGCUUGGACUUGAGUUUUAUUUGAAGCCGGACUUCUCGAAGCUUCUGGAGUCACGAGUGUGGUUUGAUGCGCUGACUCAGGUAAUUUUUAAAGGAUUUUAACAUGAAGAUAAAAGAGUUGAUUUGCCAUCUUUUUGGAAAAACAAAUAUGCUUUAGUAUGUUACCUAAAUUUAUAUUGCUAACACAAUUUAUUAAUUAACAUGUUGAAUUUCAGGUAUUCUUCUCUUACGGUCUAGGCUUAGGAGCUUUAGUAGCGUUGGGAAGUUAUAACAGCUACAACAACAACGUAUAUCGCCAAGCUAUGACAGUAUGUUGCGUGAACUCUGGCACGUCUAUGUUCGCUGGUAUUGUUAUCUUCUCCUUUAUCGGAUUUAUGGCCAAACAAAUGGGAAAAACGGUACAGGAAGUGGCCCAAAGUGGUCCUGGUCUUCUCUUCUUGGCUUACCCAUCUGGUAUCUUGCAGUUACCGUACACUCAAGUAUGGUCCGUGCUGUUCUUCUCAAUGGUGCUGUUCUUGGGGGUGGACUCACAGGUAUGUUUAGGUAGCAUUAGUUUUAUAAUGACAUGAACUUAUUGUGGUAAUUGAGGCUAUUAUUUUGGGGCUAUUCCUGAGCGGUUGGCUUGAUUUUUGGAGUAGACGAGGUAGAGUUAUUGGUGAUUAUUAUGACUUUCAGUUUUGUACGAUGGAAGGCUUUUUCACGGCCAUUAUCGACGAAUUCCCUCAACUUUUGCGUGGUCGACGAUACGGUAGAGAGAUAUUUGUUUUUGUCAUAUGUGCUAUAUCUUACAUUGCUGGUCUGGCUACUGUAACUAACGUAAGUAAACUGUUAUCAUGUUGUAGUUAUUGUAAUUUAUUAUUGUAGGAAUGUUUAUUAUAUUGUUUCAAAGAAAUCUUAAAGGAUCAUAAAUAAAGAAAACAAAUGUAAGACGGAUAUUAUUUUAUAUGGCUUGCCUUAGGUAACUAUACAUGAUUUUAGGGUGGCUUCUACGUGUUCCAGAUCUUUGACUUCUACGCGGCUUCAGGUUGGGCAUUGAUCUGGCUGUUGUUCUUUGAAUGCAUUACCAUUUCAUGGUGUGUUGGCAUAAACUCAUGGUACGAUCACAUCAAGUCUAUGAUCGGAUAUUAUCCAUCACCGUGGUGGAAGUUCUGCUGGGUCUUUGCUACACCUUCUGUUUGCAUCGUACGUUUAUGAUUUGAAUUUUAUAUAUAUAUAUACAUAUAUAUAUUAAAAAUGUUUUUAUAUUUUCUGGAGAACAGUGUGUUACAAUUUAGCGCUACAGUGCACUGUGUAGUACUGUAGAAGCAAAUAGAAGCAAAAAUGGUUUAAUAUUGACUUAAAACUACUUAUUUUAGUUGACAUUCUUCUUUGGCUUAUUCCAAUACAAACCUGUAAGACUGCCAGCAUACGACUACGACUUCCCCUUAUGGGCACAUGUCUUUGGAUGGUUCUUGUCUUUGUCAUCAAUGUUAUGUAUUCCGAUCUAUGCUAUCUACAUAUGGUGUGUCACGGAUGGCUCGUCUAGUGAGGUAAGCGCAAGGAGUGUUUGUCAAAGUUUAUGUUAAAACUUUCUGCUAUUGGCUGAAACUUGUUUAACAUAAAAGACAUCUUAAAUUACCAUAGUUUGACUAGUAAUUAAUGUAGAUUAUUAAACUCUUUAACGUAUAUAUUGUAUUAGUGUUAUAUUAACUAUGUGUUUCCUACAUAUAAUGUGUUUUUAGAAGUUUGAAAAGCUUUGUCGCCCCAAAAUUGACUUUUCUCCGGCUUCUAAGAUCUCCGAAGACAACGGCGACGGCCAUGUAUUAUACGAAUUUGCAUAA